AUGGGUUAUCUUCAAUUUGGAAGACAUUGUGUUAGGCAGAUUAUUAGAAGUAAAGAUGCUGUUAACGAUAGUGUUUGUGUGAAUCCACUAUUGUAUGCAUCUCAAGGUCUUCGAUACAACCGGAAGCUCCAAGUCAUUCUUACAACUGAUAUAGAUAAGCUGGGAAAGGCUGGCGAAACUGUCAAAGUUGCCCCGGGCUAUUUUCGCAACCACCUAAUGCCUAAGCUCCUUGCUGUUCCUAACAUUGAUAAGUUUGCUUAUCUUGUCACCGAGCAGCGCAAGAUUUAUCAACCUACUGAAGAAGUGAAACAUGAAGAUGUUGUUCUUGUUAGCGAGUCAAAGGAAGAUUUGAUGAAAGAGUAUGAAAAGGCAGCUCAGAUUCUUGAUAAAGCUAAGCUGGUCUUGCGGAGGUUAAUUGAUGUUCAAAAAGCAAAGGCGCGUGAAUCAAAAGAAGACCCCUUGGAGUUACGUAUACCAGUGUCAAAAAAAGCUCUUGUGGCCGAGGUGGCAAGACAACUCUGUGUGAACAUCACACCUGAAAAUCUGCAUCUUCCAUUACCAUUGUCUACCAUUGGAGAAUAUGAGGUGCCACUACGUUUACCAAGGUCAAUCCCUUUGCCAGAGGGCAAGCUUAAUUGGACUUUGAAAGUAAAAAUCCGAAGUAAAUAA